AUGAAUUAUACGAAUGCCCAAAAGGUGCAGUUUGGUUUUCAUAUGCUUGAGAAGGAAGUUGAGGAUUGGUGGGGUAACAUUAUUCAAAGGUUUGAUGAAGAAGGAAUUGAGGAUAAUGGAACUGUGGGAGAGUAUGUUGCAAGAUUUCAAGAGUUGAUUAAGUAUUAUCCUCAUUACAACACUACUAAUGAUGAUAAAUCUAAGUGUCUCAAGUUUGUGAAUGGUUUGAGACCUAAGAUUAAGAAGGCUAUUGGUUAUCAAAAAAUUUCCUGUUUUGCUGAGUUGGUUAACAAGAGUAUGAUCUAUUAUGAGGGUUAUAGGGAGAGUGUUGUUCACUACAAGUCUAUGAAUGAUAGGAAAAGGAAAGGCCAAUUCAUAGGAAAGUCUUAUGCUGAUAAAGGGAAGUAG